UUGGGAAUCAACAUCUGGAUUGCAUUUUCGGCUGGAUUAGUGCUGGAAAGAAUGAAAGAAGUUAUCCCAACAUGUAGUCUCGAAAUUCUUCAAACCUCGUUAUCCUUACAAAGGACCCUAAUUCGCACGUUGGAAGUCCUCACAUUUUUGGAAAGUCACUUCGUCACUCAUCAAUCAUGAUUGCCCAAGCAAACGAAACCCUCCGUGCAAAUGGAACGCACCAAGCAACCGGCAAAGUCCAGGCACCCUCAACUUCGAUUCUGGCACUGGCUCAGAACAUCCUCGAAGUCACUCAGGAUAUGACCAAGUACUUCCAGGCUAACAACCUUGUCGCACCUACUUUUGCACUCGAUUCCCACGAUCCGCCUGAGACUGCAGAAUAUCGCCGGCUUCAUGCCGACCUAAAGACCUCUUUAGAAGAUCUUCAACGUCUCAUUGAUGGCCCGAGAAGGUGGCUGAGAUAUUUCUGCUGCACCUGCUACGAUCUCGGUGCACUCCAAAUUGCGUGUGACUUCAACUUCUUUCAAUUGGUACCUGCACAUGGAGAAAUCACUUUGGAGGAAUUGGCCAAGAAGGCUGCUCUAGAUCAGGACCGCACGGCCCGUGUCAUUCGCCAGCUCAUGACGUACCGCAUGUUCGAAGAACUUCGGCCAAAAGUAUUUUCUCACAGCUCUACCUCUCUCACUAUGCACCAAGAUGAAGAACUACGAGCUGUUGUCCACUGCACGCUUGAUGAGUUGUUCAAGGCGUCUGCCGACUGCGACAUCAGCCUCAAAGCUGAUCCACAUAACGCACACCAUGACAUAAACCCCUUCGCCACCCGGCAUGGUUGUGGUCCUUUCGAAUUCUACAAAAAGUACCCAGAGAAGGCGGUCCGAUUCUCGAAUGCCAUGGCUGGAUUGAGGAAGAUGAAUAGCCAUAUCGACUUUCUGCUGAAAGAUGGCUUCGACUGGUCCGCUAUCAAGGGCACUGUAGUUGACGUUGGAGGAGGUAAUGGCCAUCUGUCCAAGAGCUUGGCGCAACUUCAUCCCGACUUAAACUUUGUUGUACAGGACUCCAACGCCGACAUGCUGGCCCAGGGCCGUGACUCACUCUCGGGUGAUCUCCGUGAUCGAGUGACUUAUCUUCAACACAGCUUCUUCGAGCCACAGCCAGUCAAAAAUGCUGCUGCUUUCCUCAUCCGGCAAGUUACCCACAACUGGGCCGACCACGAUGUAGUCAGAAUCUUCAGGUCAUUCGUUCCUGGACUUGAGAACACCAGCCCAAAUACCCCACUGCUCAUCAACGAUAUUAUCCUUCCGGAGCCAGGGGCCUGGCCUCGUCAUCACGAGCGAACUGCGCGUCAGAUAGAUAUUUGCAUGUUGGUCAAUUUAGGUGCUAAACAACGCACGAAGGAUGAAUUCGAGGGGCUAUUGAAGGAGGCAGAUGCAAGAUACGAGAUACGCGACGUCUUUGACGACGGACCGCUAGGUCUUCUUGUAGUCUACCUGAAGCGAUAG